AUGGGAGACUGCAGAAGAGUGGGCGUGGCCGUUGAUUUUUCACCGUGCAGCAGGAAAGCACUUGAAUGGGCAGUGAAUAACAUUGUGCGAAAGGGAGAUCACCUGAUUCUAGUCACCGUCCAACACGAAGGCAAUUAUGAGAAAGGCGAGGCGCAGCUCUGGGGAGCUACCGGUUCUCCCUUGAUUCCUUUGAUCGAGUUCUCCGAACCCCAUACCAUGAAGAAAUAUGGGGUUAAUCUUGACCCCGAAACACUGGACAUUGUUGCUACUGCUUCUAAGCAGAAAGAGAUAACUGUGCUCCUGAAAGUCUUUUGGGGAGAUGCUCGAGAGAAGUUAUGUGAAUCUAUUGAUAAUAUUCCUCUCGAAUGCCUUGUCAUUGGAAACAGAGGCCUUGGCAAAAUUAAGAGGGCUAUUAUGGGCAGUGUGAGUAAUUACGUUGUCAAUAAUGCUACUUGUCCCGUUACCGUUGUGAAGAUCCAUGAUUAG